UGGUGAAGAUGAGGGGCCUCUUGGUGUUUGCUUCUCUCCUGGCGGUUGCCUUGAGCACCGAGACCUUUGUUGGUCACCAGGUCCUAAGGAUCUUUGCUGCUGAUGAGUUCCAAAUGGAGAAAGUGAAGGAGUUGGAAGCACUUGAGAAUCUUCAGCUGGACUUCUGGCGAGAUCCCUCUCAUCCUGAGAUCCCCAUCGAUGUCCGUGUCCCUUUCUCCAGCCUCCAAGGGGUCAAAGUCUUCCUGGAGUCCAAUGGCAUCCAAUACUCCAUCAUGAUUGAAGAUCUUCAGUCACUGGUCGAUGAAGAAAAGCUCUACAUGUCACGUCGACACUUUAUGCCCCGAUCAGUCGAGACCUUUAACUAUGCUUCAUACCACAAUAUAGAUGAGAUCUACGAUUUCAUGGACCUUCUAGUGAGUGAAAAUCCCGGAGUGGUCAGUAAAAUCCAGAUUGGCAAAAGUUUCGAGGGCCGCCCAAUCAACAUUUUGAAGUUCAGCACCGGGGGAACCAACCGGCCGGCCAUUUGGAUUGACACCGGCAUUCACUCUCGCGAAUGGGUCACUCAGGCCAGCGGGGUCUACUUUGCAAAGAAGAUUCUCGACUCGUACGGAAAAGACCCUUCCCUGACUUCCAUCCUUGACAACUUUGAUAUCUUCUUAGAAAUCAUCACCAACCCAGAUGGGUUUGCCUUCACUCACAGCAAGAACCGCAUGUGGCGGAAGACCAGGUCGAUCAACAGUGGGUCCUCCUGCGUUGGCGUAGACCCCAACCGGAACUGGGAUGCAGGUUUUGGAGUGGCUGGCUCCAGCAGCAGCCCUUGCUCUGAAACGUACCGCGGACCGUAUGCCAACUCUGAGCCGGAGGUUAAAGCCAUCGUUGACUUUGUGAAAAGCCAUGGCAACAUCAAAGCCUUCAUCUCCAUCCAUAGUUACUCCCAACUCCUCCUCUAUCCUUUUGGAUAUAAGAGAAAUGCUGCAGCUGAUCAGCCAGAACUUGAUGCUCUUGCUAAGAAGGCAGUCGAUGCACUUGCUUCCCUGCAUGGGACCAAGUACAAGUACGGUAGCAUCAUCACCACCAUCUAUCAAGCAAGUGGAGGAACUAUCGACUGGACCUACGAGCAAGGCAUUAAGUACUCUUAUACUUUUGAGCUGAGAGAUACAGGCCGCUACGGAUUCCUGCUCCCUGCCAGUCAAAUCAUUCCUACUGCUGAAGAGACCUGGUUGGCCCUCAUGGUCAUCAUGGAACACACACGGGAUCAUCCCUAUUAAACCUCAGCAAAGGCCCCUGUCUUCUAGAGGCAGCCCAUUUCUCCAAAGUACACAAUCUUCCUCA